AUGGCGAAUGUUUGUAGCUCAUUUCCUGUUCGUUUUUCACUGCAGUUCCAACCAGUUUCGCGACAAAAAAAAAAUCGCCCUUUGUCUUUCUCGUACCCUUGUGUAUUUUAUUUUCAUAUAUUAUUUUUUUUCCGACUUGUUCUUCCAACGAUAUUCAUAGCUCGGGGCUUAUGUUGCUACUCUGUACUCGCUAGUGAUUUUAAGUUAUCUCCCUUUGUGAAGCUCUUCCCGUUUAACGAAUUACACAGUCCAGUUUGUUUCACUGAUGAGGAAAGGUUCCGUCAAACUGCACCAGACCACCUGAACUUUAUUCGAAUUUCUUCUUCACACGGCUCCUCCCGAUUCUUUUCUUCUUCAUUCCACUUGAUAGUUUUCUCUUUUGAAUUUUUUCGUUCCUCUUUUUUUUUUUUGACUCUUUUCUUCUUUUUCAUGUUCAUUCGAUUCUUCUUCUUCUUCUUCUUCUUCUUCUUCUUCUUCUUCGUUCGACUCUUUUCUUCUAAUGAAAUUUUCGUCUCUCCAUUUUUCGACACUUUUCUUCUGUUUCAUUACUAUCUUUUUUCGAGUGUUUUUAUUCUUUCAAAUAUUUUUGUUUUUGAAUCUUCUUUCGUUUCUUCAUCUUCUCUCGAAUCUUCUUUCAUUUUUUAUUCUAAUCCAUUCGUUCGUUCGUUCUUCUUCUUCUUCUUCUUCUUCUUCUUCUUCUUCUUCCUGAUGUUUUUCUUCAUUCGGCCAUUUUUUUCCUUUUUAAUCUUUUUGUUCAUGUCUUCUUCUUUCGUCUUACAUCCUCCUCCUCCUCCUCCUCCUUCUUUUUCUUCUUCUUCUUCUUCCACUCAUCUUUUAACUCACUCUCCCUCUUCAUUCAUUUCCCAUUACAUCUCAAUCGUAAUCUUCCCCUCCAUAUUUUCUGUUGAUUUUUUUUAUCCCUUUUCCUGA